UGUGACGCGACUCGUAGCGCCGCCCCUUCCGUACCGGUGCCGUAGUUGUCAUAGCGGCGAGGUGCCCCCAGAGCGCAGCAUGAGCUCUGUUCAUAUGUAAAUCAGCCGCCUCUCGUCCUUGUCCGCUGGCCUGACGACGCCUGUGAGCAGCGCGAGGGAGGCGCUGGGCUCGAACCUCCUCUCGGCUCUCUCCUCUUGUGCGCGUCUCCCAUCGCCCGCCUGUCUGCCUGCCGGCCGGUCGAGCAUAGCGCUAUGAAGCACCUGCCCUAUUCCUGCCGUGGUGCGGUCGUGCAGGGCUUCGGCCGCGGCUCCAAGGAGCUGGGCAUUCCCACAGCUAACUUUUCUGAGGAAGUAGUUGAAAGUUUCCCACCUGAUGUCACUACUGGCAUAUACUAUGGAUGGGCUUGUGUUGGAAAUGGAGAUGUGCACAAAAUGGUCUUGAGCAUAGGCUGGAAUCCAUAUUACAAGAAUGUUAAGAAAUCUGUGGAAACUCAUAUCAUUCACACCUUCAAGGAGGACUUUUAUGGAGAAAUUCUUAGUAUAAUCAUUGUUGGAUACAUAAGACCAGAAAAAAACUUUGAUUCUUUAGAUGCACUCAUAGCAGCUAUUCAAGGUGACAUUGAAGAAGCUAAAAAAGCGCUGGACCUGCCAGAACAUCAGAAAUUUAAACACGACAACUUCUUUCACAUGGCUAAAGUUAGCAAUAUGACUAAUGGUCAUUGAGCUAAGCUGCUUCUGCAUUUUAAUUGUAACUGUUUAAAUACCUAGUUUAAACUGUUUAAACCACUAAUAUUUUAAUGGUUGUCCUCCUUUAGAGAAUACUGCUCUGUACCAAUAUUCCUGUGAAUUCGGAUUUUCUGCUUGUACCAGCACAGAAUCAAAAUGAUUAGACAAAAUGACCCUGAAAAGUAACAAAUUGACACACUAUGACUGGGCAUGUUAGAAACUGUGUUCACUCUCACCAAAUAUGAUAAAAUGUAUGUAGAUCGUUAUUAACUCAUCCAAAGCUAAUCUGCUGAGCAUAGAAAAUACAAGUAAUUUCUAAAUCUUUAUCUUGAUAGUUACCUGGUCUUUAAUUACAAGUUACAUUUUCUGAUUUUAAAGGUCAAAACAAUCAUGCUACAGGUUCUAGUAAUGAGGGAAUCUGGUGUAAAGAUAGUAUGAAUGGUACUUCCUUAUACAGCAAAGCUCAUUUUUGGAUACUUGGUUUGUAAUUGUCAAAAGUAUCUCUAGAUAGUAAUAGAGUUUGCUUAUUGUACUGGCUGCUAAUAUAGGGCUAAGGCCCUGAUUUCAACUGAGAUAUUUGGCUCCAGAAAUAAUAAAACUUUUAAAAAAUAAACUUUCUAAAAUAGACUGUAUAUACUCUUAUCAGUUUGGGACUGAUAGAAGCAUAUUGUUCAGUCUGUUUUCACUGAACCUACUUGAUGCCACUUUGCUUAUACAAAAUGUUCUAAUCUGUUAAAUGGAGUUAUCUGUGGUGAAUUGCCUCUUUGAUCCACUCAGAAGUUGUGGCAAGCACAUGUAUGGGCCUACUUUUAUCUUGCUGCUAUAUUAAUGCAGCAGUUACCUCUUAGUGCAACAUAUGUGUACAAGUACUGACUAGCUACUCUACCUGAUAGUGGAAUACUACAGAGCAGUAAUUCCCAAUCUGGGAGCCUCCAGAUGUCACUGAACUACAACUCCCAUCUGUCCCAGCUAUAAUGUACUGUGGCUAGGGAUGAUGGGAGCUGUAGUUCAGCAACAUCUGAAGGCUCCCAGUUUGGGAACUACUGCAAUAAGGUAUAGCUUAUAUUCUUGACCUGUCUCUUCUUGUGGUUUUAGCGAGAUAUGUAUGAGCAUAAGCGGAAGGUAGAAAAGAAGCCCAUACCUGGCAAAACUGUUCAGCAUUUUUAAAAAAUCCAAUUUGUGUUUAAUUCUGAAUCUACGUAGAACUUCUAAAAUCAGGCAUGCAGUGUUGUCUUACUAUCAUAGCUUGACAUUUUGGAGCUUUUAUGUUAUACAUGACCAAAGGCUGUAUAAUAGAACAUUCGUCUGCUUAGCAAAACAUGGUAUUGGAACUUAAAACUUUGCAUGUAAUCUAAAAGUCCAUCCAUACCAAAAAAGUACUAUUGUGUUUAUGUCCAUCUCUUUUGAAAAUGUUCUUUUGCACUGCUGAUUUGCAAGGAAACUUCAGCUCCCCUUUUCAUUUGUUGACAUAGUCAUAUAUCUGAGAAAUGCUGCUGAAAAUACCAGACAGACUUAUUUUUGUCUUUAGUAGAGUUACCCAUAUUGUCUCCCUGCUCUCUCUACAAAAAGGCUGUACACAUCUUGGCUGGUUUACUGGCCAGGCAUAACUUGUAGUUGUCAUUGAUUCCUCUACCAAGUUCUCUAUGUGUGUGUCUCAUAUUACACUGUACUAGCUGGGCCGGCACAGAGCAUCUUUGCCUCUAACUGCCUGCCCUGCCGCCCCCACCGCUGUUUCCCUCCUUGCCAUUGUUUUCUCUCCACCCCCACCCAUCUUCUUCCUUCCCCUGCCUGCCGGCUGCCUUCUUCCCUGCCCGUCGUCCUGCCGUUUUGUCCUCUCGCUUGUCCUGCCACUGCAGUUUUCUUUGGUAGCCACUGCCAUUUUCCCCCUCUCCCACUUGUCCCAUAGCUAGCCUAUCCGGUAGCUCUCCUAACGCUUGCGAGAGCUGCCACACAUGGGAUUAGCCACAGGUAUGCUUUAGAGAAUUAAAUAUAUAGAAAUAUAUAGAUUCUGCAGCAGGCAAUAGCAGUUUGUUUCUCGCAUUAUUUUUGCCAGCUUCAGAGUUCAACAGUGCAAUGUUAGAAAUCCUACUCUCCUAUUCAAACUGGGAGUGGGGAGGUGGAGUGUCUCAUAGUGUUCUGGGCUUUUUAAGUCAGCAAAAGUCUUCUGCCUGCUUCUAAAUCCAGCAGGGCAGCAUGAAAAAUCCCUCUGCCAACAUAGGAGAGGGGGGCUCAUGUCAUGCCCAAAGAUGCCAGGGCAUUGUCCCCCAGCAUGCUGAUUUGUGGAAGUUUGCUCCACAAGAGCAUAUAGAAAGGUUAGCGAUUAGCAAAAUGUAUUAAUGGGGCCAAAACAUGAACAUAACCAUGUUGGGGGCCUGAAAAUGUGCAUUAUUGUCUGAGUUUGUCAUUAGUUGUAUCUUGUUUUGGAAAUUGAUGCCUUCUGGUAGGAUUUAUGUAACUGUGCGCACUAGUCUCAUUAAAUGCAUUUGGAUUAUUACCUCUGUAAGAGAAUGUAGUAGUGGGAAAAUAUUUUAAUUUUAUGAAAAACUGCACUAAUGUAUGAGCCAGAAACAUGGUUUGACCAGUCCUGAAAAAACUGUACUAAUGCAUGAAAUCAGGUUAGCAUUACUGAACUGUCUUUUAAAUACCUUUUUAUAUGAGGCAAUUGUGCUAUUUCAAAACUAUCAGUGUAAUUUUAUUGAGGGUUUUAUUUUUGUACUCAUUUCAAUGAAAUAAAAUGCAGAAAAUAUA